AAAAAGGAGGAUGAAAUUGCAGCUACUUAUGAGACAUGUUAGUUAUCACAGCUCCACGUUAAACCUGUUCCAUUAAAUACAUUAAACGAAGCCUGUUCAACACCGUGCCACAAUGCAAUAAGAUAACGACGGAACUCACCUGAAAUAUGUUCAACGUUUUCUAUCAUUCUCUCCAAAUUCUUGUUCAGCUCCAACACGUCGUCGCUGCUGCUCUGCGGAAGCUCGGAUGAAUCGGCCAUCUGAAUUUAAAAAACCGGCACAUGGCUUUUAUCAGCUGUCGGUCAAGUCACACAGAGACUUCUCCACUAGAAACUAACGUCACCUCCAGCAAGCCGUCCCUCACAUUGACUUGUCAUGGCAGCAAAGCCUGUUAAAAUGUGCAUAAUAAUAUUUUAAAUAAUUGCACAUGAUUGAUCUCAGUUAAUGUUGGACUAAAAGCUUGAGUGGAAAAGUAAUUGAGGGUGAAAAAAAAACCCUGGAGGGAUUGAACUAGCUGACAGCAUGAAAAAAAAACAGAGAAAGCAGGAACAGACUACUUACCUGAAAAAACAACCAAUCAAAGGACUAGUGGGCGUUUCCAGGCAAACAGAUAAAGCAGGUAUGACAGGUGACAUCUUGACAUAAAGCAAGGGCAAACAGACAAGAAAGUAGUGGGAGAGGAGUAACCUGCAACUUGGAAGCGUAGAGACCAUCAUUUGGAUCAGCUCACGUCCAAAUACCUGCAACACCUGGUUUGAACGAGAAAAGGACUUUUGGUGGGCUGACUAAACUGCUGCAAAAAGAGUUUGCCAUAGAAAGGAGAGACAACCAAAGGCGAAGGGUUAAGAAAAGACUCUUGAGAGGUGAGAAGAAAUUUUACAAUGUCUUCAUUUGAGACCCAGGGCCAGUCUCCUCCUCGGUGUGGCCCGCAGUUCCCCAGCCUCGGCCAGGAGCCCCCUGAGCUCAGUAUGUACAGUGACUGCUACUACCCCCCUCCUUCCUUGCCAAGUCCUCAGCGCACCACGCCAACUUCCUACGAUCUGAGCGAGUUCUCAACCUCCUCCCCAAACCCUUACCUCUGGUUCAACGGCUCCGGCAUCAAUACGCCGUCGUACCUGGCUACUACUGGCCCGCCCGGUAAUCCCGGCCCUCCCUUUGUCCCUCAGCACUAUGGCAUGCAGAGGCCUUACCUGGGUCCUGCUGGAGCUGGGGGUCCAGGAGGGGAGCUGAGUUGGUACUCUCUCCCCUCACAAGAAGACCUGAUGAAGCUGGUCAGGCCACCUUACUCCUACUCCGCUCUCAUCGCCAUGGCUAUCCACGGAGCACCAGACAGGAGACUGACCUUGAGUCAGAUUUACCAGUACGUCGCCGACAAUUUCCCGUUCUACAACAAGAGUAAAGCAGGCUGGCAGAAUUCCAUCAGACACAACCUGUCACUCAAUGACUGCUUCAAAAAAGUACCAAGAGAUGAGGAUGAUCCAGGCAAGGGCAACUACUGGACACUUGACCCAAACUGCGAAAAGAUGUUUGACAACGGGAACUUCCGCCGCAAAAGGAAAAGGAAGUCUGAUUCCCUCUCCGGUGGUGAUGGCGGUUCAGGGGCUCCAGAGUCGGGUGACAGCGAGAGGGACAGCCCCAAAAACAACUCUGCCCUUAACAUCUCACCCACAGCGGACAGGAUCCCCUCACCUUCAUCAUCAGGUCCCGCACAUUGUCUGAGCAGCUUCUUAUCCGAGAUGUCUGGUGUGACCACUGGAGCAGCUAAUGAGGUGGGAGGUGAUGGGUUAAGCAGGCCACUGCAGAUCAACGUUCCUUUAGAUGGGCCUCAUAGAUCCACGCAACCUGGAAGCUAUAGUACCUACUCCCCCAACUCAGAGUGGGUACCGCAAGUGCCAGCUCCCCCUGUGCUCUCCUCUUCACCCACCCACUCUUCCCUAGGCUACUCUAGCCCCAUCCUCAGCCAGUACAAUGGGUCCAGUGGGCAUUUCUACCCUACGCUGGGCUCAGCAGGAAUCAUCUAUCACCGUGAUGGCACAGAGGUUUAAUAAGUUUACCUGUCGGGUCACUUAUGAUGUUAGAGUGGUUCUGAUGUGAAAGACAGUACACACACAAACACACACAAGUAUAUUUGCGCUGACUGAGACAGUUGAGAUGACUAAAGCAUGUGACAGCAGAGUAAAAAUGCUUUGAUUCCCACAGGAACAGCUGAGUCAGCCACAGUGGACGACGAAACCGUAGUCUGCCUCACUAUCAGAUCCUCAGUCAGCUUUUAUUCUAAAUAAAGCUAGCCCCUAUCAGAUCUGACUCAUUAUUAACCGAUCCUAGAUCUGAUCUGCUGACAUCAGGCCAUUCCACACCACUAUCUGUGAUUCAUUGAUGGUAUCACACUUACAACGCUCAGACAGCACAUUUAGAGGAGUAGUUAAACAAACAAAAGGUAAAAUUUAGACUUUGUGUCAUGUAUUUUGGUUGAACUAAAACUACACAAUCUGAUAUACAUACAAUCUUUGAUUCUGAUACACAAGUGGUAAUUGUACUUUGUAAAUAUGUCAAUGUGUUGUGUAAUGUUAUACAUUUAUAUUGUUGGUUUGUUGGUACAGCUGUUCGUACAUUGUUCAAAAUGGAUUCCUAAUGUAUGGUAUACGCUUUCUAUUUUGUGUUUUUGAUAUGAAUAAAAGGUUUUAGA